AAUAUUUCAUCCGAUCUUUUACUAUGAAGAUCUGAAGCACAUGCUUUCCAAGUCCAACGUGAUUGGACCGCUUGCAACUUCACGUUUGAAAAAGUAGGGAAGUGCGUAAGUUCAUGUUUACUUCCCGCGUGCAAUUAUCAGGAAGGGUAGUUAAUAAAAAAGGAUGUUUGUCGCUCGAAGCAUCGCAGCAGAUCAUAAAGAUCUGAUUCACGAUGUUUCUUAUGAUUUCCACGGGCGGAGAAUGGCAACGUGCUCCAGCGACCAGAGCAUUAAGGUGUGGGAUAAAGGUGAUAAUGGAGAAUGGAACUGCACAGCCAGCUGGAAAACUCACAGUGGCUCAGUUUGGAGAGUGACCUGGGCCCAUCCAGAGUUUGGACAGGUGUUGGCAUCCUGCUCCUUUGAUCGUACUGCGAUAGUAUGGGAGGAGAUUGUUGGAGAGUCCAAUGACAAACAACGAGGACAAAGCCACUGGAUAAAGAGGACCACACUCGUGGACAGCCGGACAUCUGUGACCGAUGUGAAGUUUGCACCAAAGCACAUGGGCUUAAUGCUGACGACAUGCUCUGCAGACGGGGUGGUCCGAAUCUACGAGGCCCCUGAUGUGAUGAACCUGAGCCAGUGGUCCCUUCAGCAUGAGAUCUCAUCCAAACUCUCCUGCUCCUGCAUCUCCUGGAACCCUUCAAGUUCUCGAGCUCAUGCUCCUAUGAUUGCAGUGGGUAGCGAUGACAGCAAUGUGACGUAUGGCGGCAAGGUUCAGAUAUACGAGUAUAAUGAAGUUACAAGGAAAUAUGCCAAAGCUGAGACACUGAUGACAGUUACAGAUGCUGUACAUGAUAUUGCAUUUGCUCCUAAUCUGGGACGGUCUUUCCACGUACUUGCUAUUGCAACCAAAGAUGUGCGCAUCUUCAAACUGGUCCCCCUCCGAAAGGACAGCUCUUCUUCAGCACCCACUAAAUUUGAGGUGCAGGUCCUGGCCCAGUUUGACAGCCAUAACUCUCAGGUUUGGCGUGUCAGUUGGAACAUCACCAGUACAAUUCUGGCUUCCUCUGGCGAUGAUGGGUGUGUGAGACUUUGGAAAGCAAACUACAUGGACAAUUGGAAAUGCACGGGUAUCCUAAAGGGAGAUGGUAGUCCAGUAUCGGGUCAGCCUGGUGCUCUGAGUGGCAUCCUGGGAUCUGCAGGUGCACAGAGUGCUCUAAAUGGGGCCACUGGAAGAUAGAUAGCAUACAGUAGGACUACCCUGAGGAAAUCUGGAGCUGAGCACUUCUUUGAUGCUGGACUUCACACUGAGACCAACUGAUUGUGCUUGCUGGACAUGCAACGGGACUGGCACUUACCAUGGGUUCAUUAUUAUUAUUCACUGCCUUCAAGGAAUGUUCUAAGUUGACUUUUCUUUCGAUCUGUAGAAUUGUUUUACUCUAAAGACAGACUGUGAAAAACACAUGGGCUUUUGCCUAUUUCAGAAUUUUGUACAUGUUUAAAUGGAUGUUCUGAUCAUGAAAACACAUGAUAUCCAUAUAAACCAUGUUAUUUCAAUUGUUUUGUUAACAUGAUUAAGGGAAAAAAAACAGAUGCUGUUAUUACAAGGUUUUAAAGUAUUUGUUUAAUUGACUUUUCUUGCACUCUCUUCUAUUAUUGUACGAAAAUCAUAAAGGUUAAGGUUUAAGCAGCUGGUAUACAUGAAGUACUCAAACAUUUGAUCUUAUUUUAUUUGAAUCAUGCAUUUCUGCAAUUACUUUUUAUAGAUGAUUUGAUUUACAUGUAAGGCCAAACGUUUCUGUGAAGAAAAGGGGUUGUAUUAAAUGCCACGGUGUUAAACACUUGCACAGAA